AUGGCGAAGCUCAAGUCGAACAAGCGUAAUAACGCAUCCUCGGCAUCCUCACCAUACGCCAAAGCCCAAGCUACAACCAACAAUGUCUUCAAAUUUUCGAAAGAUUUCGGGCAGCAUAUUCUUAAGAACCCAGGUGUCGCUCAGGCAAUAGUAGACAAGGCAUACCUUAAGCCUUCUGAUACAGGUACGGGAGAAGUCAACUACCUCGUUCCCAUCUUCUCCGCCGCUGAUCUGUCUGCCACGAGGUCUUACAAGUCUAACAUUACAUUUCUAGUCCUCGAAGUCGGUCCAGGAACAGGAAAUUUAACAGCGCGGAUAUUAGAGAAGGCAAAGAAGGUUAUAGCAGUGGAAUUAGAUCCACGUAUGGCGGCUGAGGUCACGAAGCGUUUCCAAACCACGGCUCUGCGAAAUAACCUCCAAAUCUUGCUGGGCGAUGUUAUUAAGACGGAGCUGCCUCCUUUCGAUGUUUGCAUAAGUAAUACGCCGUAUCAGAUCUCAAGUCCUCUCGUCUUCAAACUCCUCUCCCUGCCAAACCCACCUCGAAUCUCGGUUCUCAUGUUCCAGCGUGAAUUCGCCCUGCGCCUGACCGCUCGCCCCGGAGACUCCCUGUACUGUCGCCUAUCCGUCAAUGCUCAAUUUUGGGCCAAAAUCACUCAUAUCAUGAAAGUUGGCAAGAACAAUUUCAAACCCCCUCCAAAGGUUGAAUCCUCGGUUGUAAGGAUAGAGCCUAAGAUGGGGUCGGAGCGGCCCUCUGUUAGCUGGGAUGAGUGGGAUGGCAUGUUGAGGAUUUGCUUUGUGAGGAGGAGUAGAACUAUGAGGGCUAGUUGGCUCGGGAGUAAGGAGAUUCUUUCUAUGGUGGAGAGGAAUUACAGGGUCUUCUGCGCGAUGAAUAACAUUGCUUUGGAUGAUAGUGUUAUUGGUGAGGAGGAGGAGGAUGAGAUGGAAGUCGAUGGAGGCGCGGAUGAAUGGAAUGGAAUUGAGGAAGGGGAUGAGAUGGAUGAUGAUACGCCUGCUUUCUUCAAGGAGGAGGCUGAGAAGACCGCGAGGGAAAAUGGCGGCAAGACUAAGAGCAAGAAGAAGAAGACGAGGGUUGCUGAGUUGGUGAGGGAGAAAAUUAGGAAGGUCUUGGAGGACGUUACUGAGUUGGCGGAUAAGCGGGCGGGGAAAUGUGACGAGAACGAUUUCUUGCGUCUCCUGGCUGCAUUUAACGAUGAGGGCAUUCAUUUUGCUUGA